GCCAAUAAGCUAUAUAGUCCUAAACUGUUCGCUACUAAAGUAUUAACUACAGUAUAUUUUUAAAAACGCUGUGAAAACUAAAAUAAAGUUACUCCAUCUUACCACAGAUUUUCAGCCAUGUAAGUCCUUCGUGUUACGAAAGCACACCUUAAAUUUGGUGUAAUAAAAUGUCAGUUUAGACACAGUCCGUUUUUUACUUCUAUCUCGGUAGCAAAAGUGCAUGUUUGCGCACGAAAACGGCGCAAAAAUGACGUUAGCCUAAAUAAUUCGUGGGUGUCUACUUGUCGAAGCGGACGUGUACGUCCCCUCGCUGUCAGAGCUCGUCUCCAACUAGAUAAUUCGUCUUUGAGUUCAAUGAGUGGAGAGUGGACAUGAACUGAAAGACUGGAGAUCAAAGCAAGCACAGACGGCUUGGAACCCCCUUUUUUAAAAAAAUAUUUCAGCUGGAGUCAUAACGAAGAUGCAACGAUGACUCAGCCGCAGGUGAAUGAGUUCAUUCCUCCUCCCGAGUGCCCUGUUUUUGAGCCCAGCUGGGAGGAAUUUGCCGACCCUUUUGCGUACAUCAACAAAAUACGACCAAUUGCAGAGAAAACUGGUAUCUGCAAGAUCCGACCACCGCCGGAUUGGCAGCCACCGUUUGCUUGUGAUGUCGACAGACUUAAAUUCACACCGCGAAUACAACGGCUCAAUGAGCUUGAGGCUCAGACCAGAGUUAAACUCAACUUCCUGGAUCAAAUAGCAAAAUUCUGGGAGCUACAAGGAUGCAAACUGAAAAUUCCUCAAGUGGAAAGAAAGAUUCUGGAUCUGUACCAACUGAAUAAGUUGGUGAACGAAGAGGGUGGUUUUGAUGCAGUCUGCAGAGAACGCCGCUGGACUAAGAUUUCCGUCAAGAUGGGCUUUGCUCCAGGAAAGGCUAUUGGCUCCCAUCUGCGGGCACACUAUGAGCGAAUCCUCUACCCAUAUAACCUUUUCCAGACUGGAGCCAAUCUCCCUGCAGCCACCUUGACCAAUGACACUAAAGAUAAGGAGUACACCCCUCACGACCUGCCGCAGCGCCAAUCUGUCCAGCCCCAGGAGACCUGCAGCAUUGCUCGCCGAGCCAAACGAAUGAGAUCUGAGAGGGGCUAUGUCAAAAGUGAACCCAGAGAAGUUCGUGAGACUCGUCCCAACCUGAGGAGGAGGAUGGGAACAUUUGUUGCCAAGCCAGAACCUGUGAGAAUGGCAGUCACUGAGGUGAAAAAGGAGCCCAUUGAUCACAAGGAUACAACUGAAUAUGAAGAAACUGUAUUAGAUAAAAUUAUCAAACCUCCAGUGAAUAAAGUGGACCACUACAUGUGUCUGGUGUGUGGCAGUGGAAGCGCUGAGGACCGCCUGCUAUUAUGCGACGGCUGCGAUGACAGCUAUCACAUCUUCUGUCUCAUCCCUCCGCUCCACGAUGUUCCCAGAGGUGACUGGAGAUGCCCCAGGUGCCUGGUUGAGGAAUGUGGCAAACCAGCUGUUGCAUUUGGCUUUGAGCAGGCCAGCAGGAGCUACACCCUCCAAACUUUUGGAGACAUGGCUGACUCCUUCAAGUCUGAUUAUUUCAAUAUGCCAGUUCAUAUGGUGCCUACUGAGCUGGUGGAGAAGGAGUUCUGGCGUCUAGUGAGUACCAUCGAGGAGGAUGUGACUGUGGAAUAUGGAGCAGACAUCGCCUCCAAGGAGUUUGGGAGUGGUUUUCCCGUGAGAAACGGCCAUUUUGAAGUUUCUCCUGAGGAUGAGCAUUACCUGACCAGCGGCUGGAACUUGAACAAUAUGCCGGUCCUCGAUGCCUCGGUGCUGACUCACAUUACAGCCGACAUCUGUGGCAUGAAGGUACCCUGGCUGUACGUGGGCAUGUGUUUUUCCUCUUUCUGCUGGCACAUCGAGGACCACUGGAGCUACUCCAUAAACUAUCUUCACUGGGGUGAGCCUAAGACGUGGUAUGGGGCUCCUGGUUAUGCUGCAGAGCACCUCGAAGCGGUCAUGAAGAAACUAGCUCCUGAGCUGUUUGAGUCUCAGCCAGACCUCCUUCAUCAGCUGGUCACCAUCAUGAAUCCCAACACGCUGAUGAACAACGGCGUCCCGAUUUAUCGCACCAACCAGUGUGCAGGUGAGUUCGUCAUCACUUUCCCCAGAGCUUACCACAGUGGAUUCAACCAGGGUUUCAACUUUGCUGAAGCGGUCAACUUCUGCACAAUGGACUGGAUGCCCCUUGGCCGUGGCUGUGUGGCUCACUAUCGUCAGCUGAACAGAUACUGUGUCUUCUCCCACGAUGAGAUGGUUUGCAACAUGGCCAUUAAAGCUGACACGAUUGAUGUCAACCUGGCCGCCACUCUGCAUGAGGAUAUGGUUAUCAUGAUCCAACAGGAGAAGGAACUACGAGAGAAAAUCACUAAAAAGGGUGUGAUGCAGUCUCGACAGGUUGAUUAUGAGGUGCUCCCAGACGAGGCGCGGCAGUGUUUCAAGUGUCUGACCACCUGUUACCUGUCUGGCAUCACCUGUGCCUGCAGUCCUGACAAGAUGGUUUGCCUGUACCACACCCAGAACCUCUGCUCUUGUCCUCCUAUCAACCUCACACUCCAUUACAAGUUUACACUGGAUGAGUUGUACCCAUUGAUGGCAUCUGUGAAGCUGCGUGCCAAUUCAUAUAAAGACUGGGUGUCUAAUGUCCAGGACAUUGUGGAAAACAAAGGAACCAAGAAAAAAGGGUUGGAGGAUCUUCACAUCCUGGUAGAGCAAGCGGAAACAAAGGCGUUUCCUCAAAGCAGCCUCCUGGAUCAGCUGCGUACAAUUGCCUCAGAGGCCGAUAAAGUUUCUGUGACGGCACAGCAGCUUCUCAACGGGAAGAGGCAGACGAGGUACCGCUCUGGGGGAGGCAAGUCCCAAAGCCAGAAUGAGUUAACUGUGGAGGAGCUGAGGUCAUUUGUCAAACAACUGGACAGCCUGCCAUGUAACAUCCGACAGGCUCCUUUACUGAAGGAUCUUUUGACUCGGGUGGAUGACUUCCAGCAGCGCAGUGAAUGCCUCCUUUCUGAUGAGUCACCCAGCGCACUGGAGUUGCAGGACCUGCUGGAUGUGAGUCUGGGCCUGGACGUGGAACUGCCGCAGCUACCCCUUCUCAGAGAGAGACUGGAGCAGGCUCGAUGGUUGGAGACCGUUCAGCAAGCCAGCAGUCGGCCGGAGAGCUUGUGUCUGGACACGAUGAGGAGGCUGAUAGACCAGGGUGUGGGCCUGGCCCCUCACAGCUCUGUGGAGAGGGCCAUGGCUCGUCUGCAGGAGUUGCUGACAGUGUCAGAGCAGUGGGAGGAGCGAGUGCUCAGUCUCCUGGAGGCCAGGCCAUAUCAGGGCAUAGAAACCCUUGUAGCUGCUCUGCAGGAAGUAGAAAACAUCCCUGCUUAUCUGCCCAACUGUCUGCAGCUGAAGGAUGUCGUCACCAAGGCCAAAAAAUGGCUCCAUGAAGCUGAAACACUGCAGCUUGGGGGACGUAUUCCUGUGCUCGACAUUCUCUCUGAGCUGGUUCUCAGAGCAGAGGGCAUCCCAGUGAAGCUCGACCCGCUCAGUCGACUGGAGGCCCUUGUCAGUGAUGUCAAGAGCUGGAAGGAGACGGCCGCAAAGACAUUCCUAUUGAAAAACUCCCCUUUCUCACUUCUAGAGGUCCUCUGCCCAAGGUGUGACAUCGGAUCUGCACAUCAGAAGUCAAAAUCUAAAAAAGUGAAAGAAGCUCCACAGAUCAUUAAAAAGACUUUAACAAAACUGGACUCUUUGUGUGAUGUAGAGAGAGCUCUCUCUGAGAGUAAGGACUCUGCCUCUGCUAUGACCACUCUCGCCGAGGUCCGACAGAGGGAGAUGGAGAUCUUACUGUCUCUGAGGUCUUCAAACGAGUCAAAGCUCCUUCCUGCUGAAAGCUGUUGUGCACUUAGUGUUUGUGUUUGCCAAAAGGCUCCCUCAGGAGCCAUGAUGCAGUGCGAGCUCUGUCGAGACAUUUUCCACUGCGGGUGUGUUACAACAACCGCAGAACUUGAGUACGGUCAGGCCUGGCUAUGCCCGCUGUGCCAGCGGUCGAGAAAACCACCUCUGGACAAAGUCCUGCCCCUGCUGGCCUCCCUUCAGAGGAUUCGGGUCCGCCUGCCAGAGGGCGACGCUCUGCGGUUCCUCAUCGAGAGGACUGUGAGAUGGCAGCACAGAGUCCAGCAAGCCUGCGCAGAUGGAGUACUCGAGAACGUGUCAAAGAUGGUGAGAGUUGGACCUAGAGAGUCUUCACAUUUGCCUCAGGAAAAAAAUGGGUCAGCUUUUUAUACAGAGCACAAGUCUGUUCCGCUCCACGGACUUAGUCCUGAGCUGGAGGAGCUGAUGGUGGAGGGAUUCCUGCUGCAGGUCACUCUGCCUGAGACGGAGCAGCUGUACAGAUAUCUACUCUACAAACUGGUCCCCCUGCCCUCACAGAGCCCUCCCUGUGGGAACAGCACAGAACAGGACCAGAAGUCUCCAAAAGGGAGCCCUCAACACAAGAAUGGCGUGUCGAGCUUGAAAAAGGAGGCCGUGAACAGUCAGAGCAAGCGGACCAAGCGACGUAAGGACAGCUCCGAUUCUCAGCACAGCGAGAAGGCCAAGAAGUGUCGCAAGAAAAAGCCCAAGAGAAGCAAAGAAAGGACCGAAGAAUCGAAGAGAAGCGGUUCGCCCACGCACACGUCAUCUGACCCUGCUCUUUCAGAUUCAGAAGAGGACUACUCGCUGUGUGCUGCACCGUGGUGCAGAGAGCCAGAGGGUGAUGAGGUAAACUGGGUCCAGUGUGACGGCAACUGCAAUCAAUGGUUUCACCAGAUCUGCGUCGGCCUGUCUGCUGAGCGUGCGGAGAAGGAGGAUUAUGUUUGCAUAAGCUGCACACAGCCAGAAUACAGCAGAGCAGAAUAAAGACCAAAAAGUCAUGUUGAAGGAUGAGCAGAUUUACUGCAGAUGCUGCAGCACUUAAGUGCACACCUGAACUCUGUGUGUCCUGCGGCUUCUCCCCUUUACCUUCUGGCUUGCCCUCAGUGAACAUGGUGCUACUUCUUUUUCCCCAGAGUUACUAAAGACUUCUGUCACUGUUUUGUUUUGUUUGUCACAUGGCUGGAUUUUCAGCCAGUCAACUAAUCCUUUCUGAAACUUUCCAAGACUCGAUGCAGAUGUGGUAACGUGUUUCAAGAACCAACAGCGCAGGGAUUUUUCAACCAAAAAAUGUCAGUUUGGCAUUUUAGAACAGUUUGUUUUUCUUUUACAUGCAUC